GAGGGUGCAGUUUCCUGUAUCAGUUUGACAGAUGUGAGCAAAAACCGCAGCUUAUAGUUACUGAAGCGACUGAACAAUGGGGUGCGUGAUGGAGAUGUUACUGUGGGUUGGGAUUGUACUGGAUUCGGGUUUGUGCUCAGUUUUACUGCCAGAAAUCAACGACAGGACAUUCAUCGAUGAGUGUGUGAGGAAACACAACAUGGCACGGACAUCUGUCGAUCCACCUGCAAGCGACAUGCUGUACAUGACAUGGGAUGAGGGCUUGGCUAUUACUGCAAGAGCAUGGGCAAGACACUGCACGUUUAAGCACAACAUCUACCUCAAAGACGUCCGCCGUGUGCAUCCUACUUUCUCUUCCGUCGGAGAAAACAUAUGGACAGGGUACCCGCCAUCAUCUUUUAACGUAUCAAGGGCCAUACGAGGUUGGGUGAAUGAAACACAAUACUACGACUAUGAAAAAAACAGCUGCACAAACGUUUGUGGCCACUACACACAGGUUGUGUGGGCAAGUAGCUACAAGGUUGGUUGCGCUGUCCAGCUGUGUUCAAAGGGUGUCACACAUUUUACUGAUCGUGAGGGUGCCAUCUUUGUAUGCAACUAUGCCACAGCUGGUAAUAUCAAUAGAAGAAGGCCUUAUCAGUCUCAAGGGGUAGCUUGCUCUGGAUGUAAAGGCACAUGUGAGAACAGUCUCUGCAGUGAUGAAAAACGAGAUUCACAGCAAAAGUACAACUGGGCCCCAGAUUGGGAUCCUGCCUUAACUACAAGUGGCUCAGACUAUGCAACUGUUCUUAUCACUCGACCCAUUGCCCUCAUCUUCACCUUCACUGCAGCAUAUAUAGUGCGCUACUUUUAUCCUAACAUCUUCUGCUAUGAGUAGAAAUGUUUUGACCAUCUCAGCUCAAACAUGGAUUUAUUUAAGACCAUUAAUUUUAUCCAGUAAGCUGGAGGUCUUACAUACAGCAACGAGCAAGCGGCAGAUUAUAUUAUGUAUGUAUGUAAUAGUUUUGUUAGCAUCAUUUCCCACUUUGUUUGCAGAUAUAGCAACACAGCUAAUCAACUGUUUAUGCUUGCAGCUACAACGUUGCAAUUCGUACUAUUUUAUCUUUUUGGGUUUUUAUUCUGUAUUUAUCUUGUUUUGAACAGUGACCUUGAUAAAGGCACCUAGAAAUAAAAUGUAUAAUUAUCA